AAAUGCAGAAAGAAAAAGAAGUAUAGAUGUUGAGUUUUGGAUAUAUAUGUUUCUGGUUAUGUGUGAGUCCCAUAGACUGCUCGGAGACUUGAUUAAAAACAUUCAUUCAUUCACCCUUAUAUAAAAACCGUCCACCCGGCAACGCAUGAAGAGAAAAUGUGUCUCGCAAACCAAAAAACAACUUCAAAAUAUUGCUCUCUCGAAAUUCCGCUGGCUGUGUCAUUCAAAUAGUGCAAGCAUUAACAGUUAUAGCAAACUAAGCUCCCUCCUUGUCUUAUGGAAGAUACCAGUUGAAGGGGGCGUGGAAAGUAAAGGGUGAAGUUACAAUGGCUCGUGUAUUGUGCAGCCGAAGGCUUAUUCCUACUCUCUUUAAGCUCACAGUCUCUUAUCCUCUUAUUACGAUGGGAAGGCCUGUCUUUUUACCAAGACAAAUACGGUGGAAUGUCAAAGCUAAUAUAUGUUGUGGGGUUGCUGGAAAUGGAAAUAAACAAACACCACAAAAUCACGAUGCCCAAGAUAAGAAGGCAACUUUAGGUAGUGGAUUGUAUUUAGUAGCAACUCCUAUCGGCAAUCUUGAAGACAUAACUUUGCGUGCUUUGCGUGUUCUGAAGUCAGCAGACCUUAUACUUUGUGAGGAUACAAGGCAUUCUGGAAAGUUACUUCAACAUUAUAGUAUUAACACCCCUCUUAUGAGUUACCACAAGUUCAAUGAGUCUCUUCGGGAAGCAACAAUAGUACAGAGGCUGCAACAGGGUCAUAUUAUUGCUCUCAUCAGUGAUGCUGGAACUCCUGGAAUCAGCGAUCCAGGUGCUGAAAUUGUAAAGGUUUGUAUAGAGAAAAAAAUUCGUAUAUUUCCAAUUCCAGGGCCCUGCUCAAUCAUAACAGCACUUACAGCUUCUGGUUUGUCUACAAGUGAAUUUUCCUUUGUUGGGUUUCUGCCCACACACAAUAGUACACGAAAGGCAAAAUUGAUGGCUGCUGCUAAGGAGUUGGCAACUCAAGUCUUCUUUGUUCCUCCACACAAGCUCAACUACAUUUUAGAGGAAAGCAUUUCUACUUUUGGUGAGGCAAGGCAAUGUGUUAUUGCGAGGGAGUUGACAAAACUUCAUGAAGAGUUUUGGAAGGGUACACUUGCAGAAGCGAAGGGUGAGUUUGCACAACGCAAUCCCAAGGGAGAAAUAACAUUAUUGAUUCAGGGAUCUGAGGACCAGUCUGUGGAAUCUCCAGAGGAAACAGAGUUAGAGAGUCAGCUACAAGAUUUGUUCUCAAACGGCCAUAGGUUAUCAGAGGCAGUUAAAUUAGUCUCAGAGAGGAUGUCAGUCAAAAAGAGAAUUGUUUAUGCACUUGCAUUAAGGAUGCGUGGGAGUGGACACAAAUCAGAGAAAAUUCAUAUUGACAUAGAUGAUGUGCAUCUACGUGAAAUAAAAAAUUAAGACAGGACAAGAAACAGGGUUCAAGCAAAUAAGAUACUUUACCUUACUUUGGUCCUAUUGAAUGUUACGUUCAAAUAUUUUCUUAUGACUUGUAAGAAUCAAGUGGCUUUUGAACCCUUUGAUGUGGCUCACUCACGUGGAACCCCUGGAGGCAAUUUGUGAAGGCAAUUAAAUCUUAGAUCUGAGUUGUCUUUUAAAAUGGUAAACUUUAAACUUUAAAUUACUAAUGAAAAAUUGGUUGCAUGUUCUGCAAGUGUUACCUUUUUUAAGUUACUAUAUUAGAAAAAGAGACGGAAGAGAGUACCAUCAGGCCUCUGAGGUAAUGAGAUUCUGUUAGAUCUGAACCUGUGUUGUAACCACCUUCUUGAUUCUGACUGAAAGUGUUGAUGAUCCACACAAGUGUUCAUUGAAAGUGUUGUACAAGGGUGAGCUUCAGGUUAUGGUAUGUACAAGACUUCUUAUCUCGUCAUAUCAAUGAUAAAGCUACCAAACUCUUCUGGGAGCAAUUGAUAGUCCAGAAGUUGUUUGGAAAGGCUAACUCUUGCACAUAUAUUAACACUAGUUUUAUCAUUUGUAAUAUGUAUUAUAUACAUUAUUCUUUGAGAGAAUCAGUUGCAAUCCUAGUUAUGCAACAUUUUGUGUAUUUCUUCACAUCGAAGCAAAUAAAGUAUUCUGGAAUUUGAGCA